UCCUCAGCUGGGCUUUGCUGUCAAUGGCGAAGCCGAGAGCGCGCACAAGAGAACCAGGGAAAGCCGGCUGCGCGCUCCGGUAGGCGCAGGAUGGCUGCAUUGAAAAUACCCUGCGAAACCCCCGUUAGUGUUGUUUAAAAGAGAGGGGGGUAUCUGCUAUCCAGGAAUUCCGGCAGAUGUUGAUGCUUUUAAACAAGUUUGCCCGAGCCUUACAUGCCACAUGCCUGCUUAUUCACCCUAAAAGAUGCGUGGCGGUGAAAGGAUGUGAGUUUCCUUAAUAUCAGAAUGAUCAUGCAAGCCGCCAAGAUAUUCCCUCUGACACUCUGGAAGUGAAAGUUGGUCUUUGAAGAAGUAGGAUAGGAAGAAUAUUGACACUUUUGGACUUGGUUGUUGGAGAAGACUCCUGAGAAUAGAAAGCCAGAAAACAAAUGAUCAUCAAAUAAAUCAACUCAGAAUUAUCACUCAUGGCACAGAUGAUCAGGCUCAAGUUAUCUUGUUUUGGACACAUCAAACGAAGAUCUAGCUCUCUGGAAAAAGCUCUAAUGAUAGAAGAAAGGUAGAAGGAAAGAGAAACUGAGGACAACCAGCAAGUUAUGCAAAGCCAGAACAAACUAUGGCAAACUACAAGGCAAAGGAAGAAAAGGAUGUGGUCAAACACUUUAGUGACGUUAACUUCCCUUUCUGAGGAGAAGGGGAAGCCACUCUGUACCUUCUCUCCAGCUACCCCAGCAGCAUAAUGGAGUAUCUUCGAUCACUUUUUGGGAGCUUGCAACAAGCAUUGGAUUUUGUUUCCUCAUUUACUACUUACCUUUUUGGAAAUGAACCUCAUCCAGGAGCAGAAGAGGUAGGAAGUGGAAGGGAGAUGAAGGAGUCCAGAAGCCACCAUGAUUCUGAAGUGGAGACAACAUACUCCGGGGAUGUUUCUCCAAGGGAGGAAUUGAAGGUCACUGAAGGUCCUUUCACAGCGGAGAUACCCCUACUCAGUGAGGAGAUCCAAGGAACAUCAGAAAUUGUGGUUACUGGUGAUCAGGCAAUGGAGUCCUUUCUCAGAUCUUCCAAUUUUCCCAACAGUUGUGAGGGACAGGAAAAAUCUGAACAAAAGUUCUCAGUGUCUUCUGUAUGCCUCAGUGAUACCCCUGAACUAGAAUCAACAACACCUAUGACUGACAGCAUCGAACAGUUCCCCUUAGAGGCACCAAGCAUGACUGGGAGAUUCUAUCAAAGAAAAUCUGAAGAAUUUGCUUUGGUGGAAGUUGCACAGGAAGACAUGACAGAAGAGUUGGAAGAUGCCAUUUGUAGUCAAUAUUGUAGUCAAUAUUGUAGUCAAUUGAACCCAGAUGAACUUUUGGCAGAAAGAAGAGAACUUGGGCAAAUGGAAGAGGCAAGAAAGACAGAGAUGAGUCAGGAAGCAGAACAAGACAGAAAUGUAUUACCUGAAGAGAUUGAGCAAGAAGCACUAAAUUGGGCAGCAUCUGUAGAACAAAAAAGAGGGCUUGAAGGGACAGGGUGGACCGGGGAGAUGGUUCAAGGUAGUAUGGAAGAGACGGUUGAGAUGGAUAAUCAACAAUUGGAGGUUGGGAAAGAGCAGGAAGAAGAAAAUGUGGGUGAGAAAGUGCAGGGAGAGAUAAAUACAGCAACACUAAACCAGGCAGAGGAUAAGGUGCUUGAAGAGGAAAGAACGGUUGGAGAAAGCCAUCUGUGGGAUGAAGAAGCAGAAAAAAUCACAGAUGAUCAGGAGAAAGAGUUGGGAAAUAUGUUGUGGAAUAAGGGAAUUCAGCAAAAGCUCCUAGAUUUAACACAGCAUAGAGAGGAAAAGCAGAGAGGACAAGAAGAUGCAACAUGGAGUAGGGGGACUCAGCAAGGUAGACUGGAGGAGAUGGCUAAGAUGGCAAGAGACCAGCAGUUAAAUGUUGAGAAGGAACAGGAAGAAGAUACAAGAGUGGAUGGGAACGAACAGGUAAAACCAAGUGUGGCAGCAGAAAUUGAAGGAGACCAGGUGAAGAUGCUAGAAGAGAAAAGGAAAGGUGAGAGAAGCUGUAAUUUGGAAGAAUGCUUAGGAGGAACUGAAGAGGGGAAGGAGAGAAAGCUGGAUGAAGAUGAAAGAGAACUAGAGAGAAUCACUUGGACAAAUAAACUUCAGUAUGAUGCACUAAAUGUUGCAAUAGUGAAGACCCAGGAUUUAGAAUCUGGGGAGGAACAGAGAGAAGGCAUAAGGCUGGACACAGACCACCAGAUAAUGAAAGAAGUAGUAACAAAGAACGAAGAAGUUCAGCAACCACUAUUGCACAAGGCAGAGAUGGAAACAAGCCAGAAGAAGGCAUUAGAAGGGGAAGCAAAGGAGAGAGAUUUAUACUGGGAGCCCAAAGAAACAGAGAUUAUGAUAAAGCAGGAAAGCGGGGCACCAGAAUUGGAAAAGGGGGGAAAUUGUAAGCAGGGAGAUUUAUCUGAGAAAGAGGAAAGAGGACUAGAGGGAGUCACUUGGACAGAUAAAUUUCAGUAUGAUGCACUAAAUGUUGCAAAAGUGAAGACCCAGGGUUUAGAAUCUGGGGAGGAACAGGGAGAAGGAAUAGAGCUGGAUGCAGACCACCAGAUAAUGAAGGAAAUAGUAACAAAGAAUGAAGAAGUUCAGCAACCACUACUGGACAAGGCAGAGAUGGAAACAAGCCAGAAGAAGGCAUUAGAAGGGGAAGAAAAGGAGAGAGAUUUAUACUGGGAGCCUAAAGAAACUGAGAUUAUGAUAGAGCAGGAAAGCGGGGCACCAGAAUUGGAAAAGGGGGGAAAUUGUAAGCAGGGAGAUUUAUCUGAGAAAGAGGAAAGAGGACUAGAGGGAGUCACUUGGACAGAUAAAUUUCAGUAUGAUGCACUAAAUGUUGCAAUAGUGAAGACCCAGGGUUUAGAAUCUGGGGAGGAACAGGGAGAAGGAAUAGAGCUGGAUGCAGACCACCAGAUAAUGAAGGAAAUAGUAACAAAGAAUGAAGAAGUUCAGCAACCACUACUGGACAAGGCAGAGAUGGAAACAAGCCAGAAGAAGGCAUUAGAAGGGGAAGAAAAGGAGAGAGAUUUAUACUGGGAGCCCAAAGAAACUGAUAUUAUGAUAGAGCAGGAAAAGGAGGAACCAGAAUUGGAAAAGGGAGGAAAUUGUAAGCAGGGAGAUUUACCUGAGAAAGCAAAGACAGAAGAAAAUCUGAAUCAGGAAGUAGAAGAAUCUGUGAAAAAUGAGAUACUUGUUACAGGGAGAAAACAGGAACAGCAAAUGGAAGAAGAAUGGUGGGAAAGUAACCAGGAAGAACAGCCCGAGUUAUUGGUAGGCACUUGUGGUCUUAGUGUAGACAUGCUGGAAGUGGCUGAGACUACAUCAGACCAGUCGAAUCAACUGGGAGAGACCACAAAGAACCUGGUGUAUCCAACUUCUCUUGAUACAGAUCUCCUGGCUGGACCCAGAGCUUUCCCACAUGAUGUCACAACACUGGAUAGCAGUGCCCAGAAGGAACGGGUGUUGCUACGUCGUAAGAGCUCCAUUCGACGAGCACCCAGCUUGAAGAAACCAAAGAUAUCAACAGAGGCUCCAACAGAAGAGAUAAAGAUGGCUGAAGAUGCUCCAUCUUUAUUGGAAGUACCAAAGAGACAAAAACCAAGAUUGUCUGGGUUUGGGCCUAUGCACCCCAAUAUGAUGGCUGAACUUCAGAUGCGCCUGCAAAAGCCCAAGUGACUUGAGGUUUCAAGAGCUUUAUCCGUGACCCGUCAAAACUGCGUUCCACAAAAGCGCGGUCGACGAAAGCGCGUAUGUGACGUCAU